CAGGCAGUAUCGUGGGUAGUCCGAGGAUGCUCGAAACGUUACGAAAACAGUCUGCACCGGAAGAAUAAGUUAGGUGUUGCUGUACGUCCAAUACAACACUUAAAUACUUACGGAUACCUGGUGGAAAUAUUUGGAGUGGUGCAGGUGCCCCAUUGAGGUGGCAGGAAGGUCGUAAGCAAGAUGAACAGCAUGUCCCCUGAAGUGACUCUGAACAGGAUCUCCCCAGAGCUCAGGCCUCUCCUCUCCACCAUGGUCAGGAACGGCAAGGUGGGCCUGGACUCCACCAGCUGCCUCCGGAUCACUGAUCUCAAGUCGGGGUGCACUUCCCUGACGGUGGGCCCCUGCUGUGACCGAUUCAAACUGCACAUCCCAUAUGCUGGGGAGACGCUCAAAUGGGACAUCAUAUUCAACGGCUGCACUCCGGACCUGCCCCCGGACUUCAUUUUUGGAGAGGACGUGGAGUUUCUUCCAGAGCCCUCGGAGCUACAUCACCUGGUGGAGUGGGACCCGGGCACAGCAGAGUGUCUGCUGCAAGUGGUGAAGGAGCUGAUUCAGCAGUACCACCAGUACCAGUGCAAGAGACUGCAGGAGAGCUCCCGCCUGCUGUUUGAGUACCACAGCCUGCUGGAGGACCCGCAGUACGGGCACAGCAUGGAGAUCUACGCAGGCAAGAAGAACAGCUGGGCUGGAGAGUUCUCUGCGCGCUUCCUGUUGAAGUUGCCAGUGGAUUUCAGCAACAUCCCCACCUACCUGCUCAAGGACACGGCUCUGGACCCUGGAGAGGAUGUGGCUCUUCUUUCGGUCAGCUUUGAAGAUGCAGAGGCCACUCAGGUCUUCCCCAAGCUCUACCUGUCCCCUCGCAUCGAGCAUGCGCUUGGAGGACCUUCAGCCCUGCUUAUCUCAGCAUUCCCCAGCGGUGGGUGUCUGAUUGACUACGUGCCUCAGGUGUGUCAGCUCCUCACAAACAAGGUACAAUAUGUCAUUCAGGGCUAUCACAAAAGACGGGAGUACAUUGCAGCUUUUCUCAGCCACUUUGGGAUGGGAGUGGUGGAGUAUGAUGCAGAGGGAUUCACCAAGCUCACCCUGCUGCUGAUGUGGAAAGACUUCUGUUUCCUCGUUCAUGUUGACCUGCCCCUGUACUUCCCUCGAGAUCAGCCCACAAUCACCUUCCAGUCCGUGUACCACUUCACCAGCAGUGGGCAGCUCUACUCCCAGGUGCAGAAGUCCUACCCGUACAGCCCGCGCUGGGACGGCAAUGAGAUGGCCAAGAGAGCCAAGGCCUAUUUCAAGAGCUUUGUUCCUCAGUUCCAAGAGGGAGCGUUCGCCAACGGAAAGCUCUAGAACACAGAGAGCAGCAACCUGCCAGGAGUGCAGCUAUUCUCCUUGUGUGUGCCUGUCUGUGUAUGUAUAUAUGUUGCAGGCAAAGUCUUUAAGCAGGUAGUGUCAUUGCCAACAAAUAAACUAUUUCAUCUGAAAAUAUUUUUUUUUUUUUCCUAAGGUUUCGAGCCCCUCCCCCACAUCACACACAGACACCCACAUAAAUUCAUGCAUGCUAUAUUGAAAUGAUUAGCAGUUCAAGCCCCUGUCCCUAUUGUUCAUGAGAAAAUGUGUGAAAGGUAUAUAUCGUGGCAAAACAGGCUAGCACUAUUGGUAAUUUCUAUUGAGAGUCAUGGAUGAUUUAUGAGAAAUCAUUGGAAAAAGAGUGUAAGUGUAACAUACUUAAGUCCCCAUGACUGACUGAGAGUAUUGUCGAAUUGUCUUGACCUGCUUCACACAGAGCAUUCUAGGACUGCCUUCAUCGAGCAGUGAUGACAUUGCCUGAACUGCUGUGCCUGCAUCAUAAACAUUUUUUAAAAAAUCCAUAACAGAACGCAUUACAAUAUACUUAUCAGAGAUGUUUCCAAUAAACGGGAGUGCAUGGUUGUAUGUUUGUUUGUUGGUGUGAGUAUGCUGUAAUACACUUUGAGGACAUAUAUAUAUGUGUGUGUGUGUAUAUACAUUUUUGUUCCCAAAAUGAUUUACAAUGCCCACAACAUUAAUAUCGUAGCCUAUGGUGGAAAAUGAGUGAAGGAGACACACACGAUUUGCAGGUACUUGAUUCCACGGUUUAUUUGGACGAUUAUUCCUGGCCCCUGUUAUCCUGGGCCACACCAAAAACAACAAACAGUCUUGCACCCUCACAGCAUCACAUUCACACAGCAGCUUGUCUCACUCUUUAGCUCAGUGCAUUUUUUUUUCUAGAGCAGCCCUCUUUGGAGUCAAUCUUAAUAUGAAAACCUCUUUGUUUUUCUUCGUCUUUUAGCCAUAUAUUUUGAAACUGCUGCUUGAGUUUCACCUUUUCUUACUCUGUCCACCGCAUCGAGUUUCAUUUUAACAAGUACCAAUUAAUGGCAAUUACCUUCCACAUUUCAUGUUUUAAAAGCCGAUUGGAAAAUUAUUUUCCUCUUAUCCAGGGCAUUGCCAUUUUUACUUCCCUACUGGCGUACAGAGGCCGUAAACCGAGUCAGAACAAACCUGCUGAAAAAAACAGCCUUAUUGUCAGUCUAUAAAGACGCUGUGUGAAGUUAUUCUAAAAAGUGCUUUUAAAAUAAAUGUGAAAGGUCCUUCAAUAAUCUUCUAAAAUUUUGAUAGGAAUUAAUAGGCGUACAGUACAAGACAAUUCAGGCUCAAACAUGCAUGGCCUAAUCAAACCAACUAUUUUUGUGAAAUGUAAUUUUGUUUCACCACAGCUUGAUUUGCAUGACAUUUUUAUUGUGGUAAAGGAAUAGAACCUGUUUUAAAAGACCAUGCCUGUUGAAUGGAUUCAGUCCGUAGGACUUGCAUUUAUUAGUCAUGUCAUUCCAAUGAGUGUCCAUAUAGUCAUCACUGGCCAUCAGUCUGUAACCACAAUAAGUUCAGUACUUUUUCAUGAAACCACCUGAAACUUGCUAGAAUGUCAGAUAGAUUCAAGGUUCAAAACACUGUUGAAAAGUGUAGGGUUAAAAUUGUACUGUAAGUUAGUGUGUGUGUGUGUCACACAUUGAUUAAUUCAUCAUUUGGAAAGCGGGUCAUGAUCAAGGGUCUAGUUUGCCUGUUGGGCCAGCCCUGUUCUCUAUUUAUUGUUCACAGUGCCGGAAUGGUCAUAUUUAAUUGGAAAGCAAUGGGUAAAUGUAUUUAGGGCAUUUGCAAGUCUUUAAUAAAAUAAAAUAAGACUCUUUCCUUUUUAUUUAUUAUUAUUCAGCAACAGCUAAUGGGAAAAUGCAUGCAGUAUAUUUCAUAUUUGUAUGUUUGUUUAUAUGUAAGUAAAAAACAUCUGCCAAGGAUCUCUGUUGUCAAAAUCAUGGUUUUUCAAUCUGUUUCUUACUUCUCAUUAUUACCAGCAUUAUCACUUGUCCUCCCUUUUCUUGUUCUGAAGAUCUUUUGGUUCUUAACUUGUAUUUUGCAAAGGUAUAGACUUAAAAGUUGCUGCUGUUUCCUGGUACAAAAUCACUCCCAGUUUCACCCCAAUGAUCUAACUGUAGUAAAAUAAGCAAAUAUCAAAAUAUCAUCAACACAAGAACAUGGGGAACAGUACUACCACUGCAAGUGCUGAAAAGAGGUAAGAAAACAGAUUUGAAAACCUUGUGUAGCUCUCCUUUAGCAGGGGGGUAUUUGGGAUUGUCUAAUAGAGGGGGACCAACCUUGUAAAGAUCUAAUGCAUGGGUAGGACAAGAUUAUAAGCUUUAUUAAAGUGAUGUAUUAAGUUAAAUCAGCUGGGGUGGGCCACUUGGGUAUAGUUACAGUUAAUGUAUUUUUUUUUUGUUUGGCCAGUAUUGGAGUUCUUCCAGGGCACUGGGAUUGUGCUGCCUGUCUCUACUCUUUCUAAAGAGUAAUUUUGCUUCAAAAGGUGGGACUAGCAUAUUUGAAGAGUUACAUUGUUACUUGAUUUGAAUGGAAUGAGGAAGGAUGUUAGUAUUUUUUUUUCUAUAAAUCUAUCCAAAUUCAAGUAUAAUUUAUACAGUCACAUCUUUAAGUUACACAUUGUGCACCUUUAUCUGUGCUUUUUAUCCCUUAUUUCUUUUCUCAAGUGCCCUGGUAUUGGAGCUUUCUGAUUGGUGGGUGGAAGCUCUGAGGUUUUUCUAAAUUGAAUGGCUACGAAACAGACAGGACUUCAGUGUAAUGUCUUUCCAGUUCUGUCUAGUGCCAGUUGGUGUUUCUUGGUGGUUUCCUACCCAAGUACUGGCUUAGUCUGUCCUGCUUACAAGAUCAGAAUCCAAGAGGGUGUGGCUAGAGACACUGACAACCAAGGUUUAAUACAUUUCACAAAACUGUACCUUGACAAGCUGAACGCGAUUUUGUCAUCUUGUUUCAGACAGUGCUUCUAUAGUUUAGUGCUGCAGGUUAUAAAACUGAUUCAUGAUGUUGCAUAAAUCAGUUUUAAAGCUGCCUCAGUUCCAUAAACUCUUAUCUCAGUAUACCUGUGUAAAAGAGAAUAGACAUCUCUGUAUCUUCCCUAUCAAGUACGAAAUGUAACCAUUACCUCAUGGGUAUUUAUCCUUUAAUACCAUCUAACCAGAACAGAUAAAUCAGAGCUGCACGUAGUGCUUGUGACGUAGUCAUGCCCGCCCCCAAGGGCAUAAACGACCACUGACACAAGUAUCGUCAUCAUUUUUCCUUUCACCACCUGGAGAGAGAGAUCUACGAACAGAUAAGUGACACAAAGUGUUAUGUCUGACUUUUCGUUUGUGUUUUAACACAUAUUGCGAUUGUGUUCACGUGAUUUAGUAAAAUUUACUUCACGUUUGUGCACUCAGCCGUGGUUGUUUUGUUAGUCCCUCAGCGGCCUUGUGCCCCGUGCGAAGCCAGCAGCUCCGCUGCCCCUUCCCUGGGAUUGAACACCUUUAGUUUUGCAGAAUUAGUGUGAAGACUGUUAGGGCUCUAGCAGUAGGCUUUCCUCGUGUUUUGAUCUGUUGGUCAGCCAAAAAGCGUUAUAGGUGGGCAUCACUAUUUCACACCGGUGGUAAGUGUAGGUCCAGACCUGCUCCUGUUCCCGUCGGUACUUUUGUACAACGAACGUGGUUACCCUGCUGAUUCACUAGCAGUUGCUGGGCUCAGCUCUGCUUCGGUCUGAAUGCUCGCAGUCCUUCCCACAGUGUAUCAUUGCCGCUCUGGUCUCUGCUUGUAGUGCCAUUGUGAAGGCUGUCACGGCAUGACAGCAUGCUUCCUCCAGUCUUAGGGCUGUGUUGUAUUAAGUCAGAAGCUAUUCAGGUGGGCAUCCCUGCAUAUUGCUUCCUCAGUAACUGUAGGUCACUGAUCUACCACUGUUCUUCGUGAACAAGGUUACUGUAACGGUAGUGUACCGUGCUCUACAAGGCAUCAUUGCUGGAUGCUCCCAUUACUCCAGGACACACUUUUGGUCCUGCGGUAGAUGAUAUGUUGCAGCACACUCAACAGGCGCUGGAGUCUACGAAGGAACUGGUGCAUCUGCUUCCCAAGUAUGAAGACCAGCUCCCAACUGGCAGCCAAGGUUACAACAACCUCAGAGACCAAUCCAGCUGGCUCCUGCUAAAGCCAGAUGAGGGUUUCACAAUCGACCCGUGACUGCGCAAAGAGGAAACUUCAACGAAUGUCGUGGAUCAACAAAAACCUGGUUUUGGAACAAGAGUGUUAAGUGCGGCCUCGAGCUCGACCCUUACAGCAUAUACAUGGAGGUGAGUUCUCCCUCAAUGUUAUAGCCCUAUCUACUUGUACUGGCUUCCUUCAUGGUAAUGCGCAAGGUUGCCUUUGCUGAGCCUUGUAGCAUUCCAGUUGGUCCGCAGUAUUGCCUUGUGACAGCUUUGGUGUUUCUACCCAUGAGGUAAUGGUUACAUUUCGCACUUGCUAGGGAAUGUUAGGUUAUUAUCAUAACCCUGGUUCCCUGAAAUAGAAAUGUAACCAUUAACCUUCAAGGUCGCUGCGUCCAUGCGAAGGAAAAAUGAUGAUGAUACUUGUGUCAGUGGUCGUUUAUGCCCUUGGGGGCGGGCAUGACUACGUCACAAGCAUUACGUGCAGCUUUGAUGUAUCUGUUCUGGUUAGACGGUAUUACUGGAUAAAUACCCAUGAGGUAAUGGUUAUCUAUUUCAGGGAUUUCAGCGUUAUUUUAUUUUGUAUAAAUAUAUUGAAAAUAAAAAUAAUAAUUAAAAGGAUAAGAGUGACCUGUUACCACAAUGCUUAUCUCCCAGCUAAUUGUUUGUGUGGAAACAGGUGUGACUUGUCCAUUGUUGAAGAAGUCUGUGAUUUGUGUCACUGUAGCAUGAGUAUGUUGCUUGUCACGAUACGUUUCAUAUAUCUGCUGGCUCGUUUAGUCAUAAGCCAUUUGCGAUCAGAGUUGUGCUUUCUUUCUGAUGGUGGUUUUCUACAGGUGUUGCCAUUGCAGAAACACCCGGGAGACUGCCUUGAGGGACUGGUCACUGCAGCCACUGUCAUAGCUCUAGUGAUGUCACUGAGGUCCUUCUGUGUUUCCAUGGUUGUUUCAGAAUAGCUGCACACAACUCUUAACACAGCUUCAACGACAUGUCACGUGAAUACAUACAUUAUUUAUACAGUGCUAUGGCCAAAAGUUUUGCAUUACCCUAUAGAAUUAACUCAUUUUGUUUCAUAAAGUCGAAUGAAACCUGUUGAAUAAUGUUACAUUAACAUAUUGAAAUACAUAACACUUUGUAGUUUUCCAUAUACUUAACUGACCAAUUGAAAAAUGUGACAUUUUGAAAUCUAACAUGAAAUACUGUACUACUAUUAUGGCUUCCAGUAGAUUUGCUAUAUCAUUUUGUAGUUUCUUUGAUUACACUGUGUUAAAUAAAAGAUCUAAAUUA